AUUCCGUCUUGUUAAGUUGGGGGAGGAGCCAGGGCAGCCCCGUGCCCGCCCUCGGGUGCGCGCUUCGCCCCGGGCCGGGAGGCGGAGCUGUCCCGUCUCCAGGCAACGGGGAAGAGGCGCGGGACCAGGAUGCACUAUGCCCCCCAAGAGAAGGCAGAAACUGCAGCAAGAGCAGAAGGGGCAGCCAGCUGUGGCUGCACCCCUGGAGGGAGCUGCUGAGGGGGCUGUAGCCAGCAGAGAAGAGGUGCUGCUGCAGCAGGAGUACAGCCACCUUUGCAAGGAGCUGGAGGACAUGAAGGGGACACGUGUUCAGCUUCGGGAGGAGAACGAAUUCCUGCAGCAAGAGGCCCAGCGCCUCCGUGCUGAGAGCCAGGAAUUCAUGUGCUAUGUGGCCAAGCGGGCCCAGCGGCGCCAGGAUGCCAUCGUCUCCCUGAAUGAUCAGAACAAGCAGGCCAUAGAGGAGAUCCGCAGGGAGCAGCAGGAACUGCUCACCCUCUACCAGAGGAAGGAGGCAGCUCUGCGGGAACAACUGUUGCACAAAGAGGGUGAACUUCUCCGCCUUCGCAAAGAGGUUGAAGGCCUGCGGGAGAUCCAGGCACUGCAGCAGGAGCAGGCUGCCCACAUCAGGGAGCUGCAGGGAGAGCUGGUGACAACCAGGCAGCAGCACACUCAGCACCUGCAGGAGACCAAAAGCCAUUUCCUACAAGAGAAGGCUGCCUUUGAGCAGAAGUCCCAGCAGCAGGUGCUCUGCCUGCUGCAGCAGGCACAGGAAGUGGUUGCACGAUGCAUGCAGGAGCAUAGUGACCAGGUGAAAUGUGAGAACCAGGAGCUGCGGCAGGAGCUGCACCAACUUAUCCAGCGAUCACGCACACUGCAUUUACACAAGCGCCGGUUAGAGAAUCAGGCCCAGCAGCUGCUGCGAGAGCGUUGCUACAUGCAAGACAUGGCUCGCCUGUACCACAUCCACCAGGGCAAGAAGUAGGCCCUAACUGUGACCCCAGGAAUGAGCUGACAGAGAGGUGGCCACUACUCACUGCCAUGACUUGCUUUUGGUAUUAGAAUUAUUUAGGUCAGGGGUUCUUCAAACUGGGGGUUGGGACCCCUCAUGGGGUCACGAGGAUAUUACAUGUGGGCGUCAAGAGUGGUCAGUCUCCACCCCAAACCCCACUUUGCCUCCAGCAUUUAUAAUGGUGUUAAAUAUAUAAAAAAGUGUUUUUAAGUUAUAAGGGGGGGGUCACACUCAGAGGCUUCCUAUCUGAAAGGGGUCACCAGUACAAAAGUUUGAGAACCACUGCUUUAGGUCAACAUUCUUCAGUAACAGCUCUGUUAAUAAGCUGAGAGGGAAAUUAAAUUCCCAGAGGAUACUGAACUGGGAGGAACUAUAACUUCCAACAAAAAGAUCUGAUCCAAAAGGCUUUAGUGAGACAUUGGCAGGGAACAAUUUAUCCAGCUAUCGCGCAUGGGUCUUAUAUGGGCCCCAUUGCUGAAGUAUCCAAGUGCCUCACAAACUUUAACAUAUUUAUCCACAAAGCAGCACUGUGAGGUAGGGUGAUGCCAUAGUUGGAUAUUUUUCUAAAGGAUCUAU